AUCCUCCAUUCACAAAAGUUAUCCUCUGUCAUUUGCUUCACUCAACACCCCUCUCUUAUCCAUUCUCUGCUGUGUAACACGGUCUCACACACUCACACACACACACACACACACACACACACACACACUCCCUCUCUCUCUCUACUUAUCUAUCUGCUACUUGGCUUUCUGUUGCCUGUGAACCUGAGAGACCCAGUCGUGCUUUCUGGCCAUUUUAUUUGCCUUGCAUCGAUCAAUAAUAUUUUAGAGACACAGUGGGAUUGCACCGUUCACUCAUAUUAGAGUUCUUUCUCCCCUUCUAUCACUAGUGCAGUGAAUUGAUAUCUAAAGCAUUCUGUUCUGCACCUUUUCAAGUCCACCACCCUCAAGGCUUCUGCCUGCUCUCACCAAUGGAGGUCGCUGUCGAAACUCCAGCUCCUAUCAGCCGACAGCCGGAAUCCUUCGAUCCCAUGCCCAUAGAAGCUCCGGAGCAAGCCCCGUUAUCUCAGAAUGUUGUCGUCCCGCCUUCAGAUCAACCCUCUGAGGAUCCUUCUAUGCCCACAGAGUCAGGAGCACCCGAUCGACCUGCUGAAUCUGACGCUCCGGCCGACGAAAACCCAAUAGACCAAACGCCUUCCAACCCGGAGCAAUCAACAAACUCCGUAAAUGAAGAAACGAGCAUUGAUACCUUCGUUGACCCCGCCGCCAAUUCUAUUGUGCCGCAGGCAACCACCGCAGAACCAGAAGAUUCGGGUGAUCCUGCCGAUUCCGCGUCGGGUGGUGAUACCUCCUCUGACGGUUCCACAAGGCCUACAUCAGAAGAUUCUGCCGAGUCAAAUGGCUCUACCAGCGAAGAGGAUAGCCCAGAAGAUAAUGAGGACAAGACAGAGGAAGAACCAGCAUAUUGGGCAGAUAUUGUCGAGGAUACAUCAGUACCGGAUGAGGCUGAAUUGAAAGAAAUCGAGUCCGCGGGUGCGGACUGCAGUACAUAUGAAUAUGACUACUGGGAGAAAACCUUUUAUCGGAGCCUCGAUGAUCCAGAGUACAGAGCUUCGGAGAAGGCCCGUCUAACUUGGAAAAUUAAAGGAGUUCGUGGCACCAAGGAGAAGCCCAAUCGUGCUACCAUUAUGCGUUCGCCCGCGGCGUACGUUGGUGGCUAUUAUUGGACCAUCAAAUUCUUCCCGCGAGGCAACUCGGUGUCGUCACUGAGUAUCUACGUUGAGUGCUCAGCGACACCUCCCGAGCCGGACAAGGAGAUCCCCCAGACUGAAUUCAAGGUUCUCAAGGGUGCGCCAGAUGCUGAUUUGAGCAAGUUGGCUCCGGCCGUUGAACUAUCACUCCCCGCAACAGUAGAUACCAAGAAGCCCCGAUCAAAACAAGCAUCGUCCAAAGAUGAAGCCCAAACAGGGGAGACAGAAGUUGAAAAUAACGAAAACUCUGGCAGGUCCACACCCGCCGAAACGAAAGAAGAGGAAAAAAAGGAUUGGAGAGUUUCAGCGCAAAUUGGCGUGAUUUUAUACAACCCCAAUGAGCCACGGACAGGGUGGAUGCAGUCGUCUUCCCAUCAGUUCAAUCCCCACAACGUUGACUGGGGCUGGACCCACUUUCAUGGACCUUGGGAUCAGAUUCACAAGCGCCACCACGGUCAACGCCAGGCUCUUUUGCGAGAUGAUACCCUCGCUUUCGAUGCAUAUAUUCAAAUUUUCGACGAUCCGACGCAAUCUCUAUGGUGGCAUGCCAGUGACUCAGAACCAGUCUGGGAUAGCUUUAGCUUGACGGGAUACCGGCCAUGGGGCGAUCCCAUGGUGAACCAUAGACAUGAGGUUGCGGGGCUGGUUACGUGGCUCAUGAUGGCUUCUUUCCGUGAUGUUAUCCAGAGCGUAGACAUCCUCGAGCAUCUUACAAAUCCCAACGUCAAGCCAAGGCCUUUGUGCGACGCACUCCAGCGGUUGCUGUGGUCUCUACGACCCCAGUCCGGAUUAUCUACAUCUUUUAUUGAUACCGACCAGGUCACAACAACCCUCCGUAACCUUCAUGAGUUCUCGGGAGAUGUCACGGACUUCUGGGAACGUCUACGUCGAACAUUGGAACUGGAGCUUGCCGGAACUGACGCAAUCGAUAAGCUUGCGAAGAUCUUCGACAGCCCACGCAUCGAAAAUACCGCAGAUGGGUUCGGCGACAGUGUUUCGGUCAAUCACAUUCCCCGCGAGGCCAAUGGCGGUAUCAGAGUCUCUGCUGCCAAAGCAAAUAGCAUACAGCAGGCUGCAAAGAAUUAUCUGGAUGGAAAACCGGGGAAAUGGUCCUUGCCAUCGGUUUUCCACGUUGAGUUGGUGCGACAGACUUUCGAUAAAAGCACCCGCCAGUGGAACAUGCUUUAUGAUCGUGUCAAGCUGGACGAAACUUUGGAUUUGUCCGAAUGUGUUGUCGACGGCCAAGUGGGCAAAUAUAGCCUGUAUGGGCUGGUUGUUCACAAGGGAAGCCGAUCAUCAGGGCGGUUCUACAGUAUUCUGCGCCCCGGCGGGCCCAAUACCCGUUGGCUAGCUUUUGAGGAUGCAAGUGACAAUAAGAUUGAGUGCCUGACCAAAAAGGCUGCACUUGAAGCUCACGAAGGCGUCGAUGCCAGCAACCUAAAGAAGAUUGACAAGUCCGGUGCUGAUGUCGCUGUCGUCGUGGUUUACAUCCGUGACGAUGUGAUAUCGCAAUACUUGACAGGAAAGCUUGAGCCCUGGCAAGUUGGGGAGCUUCACCAGCAUUAUUUUAUGAAUGGCUACUAUCAUCUAAAUCGUGAGUUGAAGAAUGGCCUACCACCCACGGUCAAGGUUGAGCUCUUCAGUCUUUCAGACUUCUCCAUAAUUGAGAAGAGUAUCGUCGACUCUUAUGAUCUAAUGGCAGUUGCGAGAGCAACGGGCCAAUACAAUACUCUUUCUGUCCCUGGCAACACAACCUUCAUGGAAUUACGAAAGAAAAUUGCGUCCUUGAAGUCGACGGAAAUCCACGAACGUAUCCGAAUCUGGCAACUUGGUGCGAGGAAGCCUCUUUUCGCUCCAACACUCAACUUCCAAAUUAUUUAUGAUCUCACUGAUGUUGUUAUGAGCUUUGAAUUGAGCGUUUUGCGGCUGUGGGUGUACGUUUUGUCCGAUGAAGAAGCUCGGUUUUUUGCCGUGCGGGAUCAAGUCAGUGAUAGCCAGCCUUUUGAUGAACUUCCACCGGAGGAGCCUGUGCCUUCAAACGAAGAACCUGAGAAUUCCCAGGAAAAUAUUGCUGGGUCUCAAGAUGCCGCAGUCCCUAAUGGAACAGAUGACACAGAGAUGAAUGAUGCUCCAGCGGAAAAUCGUGAAGAAGCGGCUACUGUUACCCCUGAUCAGGCACCCCAACCCCCAGCCGAACAAGAACCACAGUCGACAUCUGGUCAGCCUAUGCCUAAUGAAACCGUAUCCGCUAAUAACGGCGAAGGUGGCACUUCCGAUGAUACUCCGAUGCAAGAUGCUAUUGUGCCGGCGGGACAGGAGAAUGUGAAUAACGACACGGCCAUGGACGACGACGCAGCUAUCGCUGCGGUGAUUGCGCAGGACCUUGCAGAAUAUGAGAGGGCUGAAUCUAUGGAGACAGAACCUUCCCCGGCCCCUGAGAGUACUCAGCAAACGAAUGUAAAUGAUACCCAACAACAACCUCUUUCCACACAGACCGAAGAGCCCCCUAAUGUGUCUUCAGAGGAAGCGCCUGAAGAGACCGCUCCACAAACCGAUACCACACAGGAAACCUCCCAGCCACCACCAGCCAAUGAUGACGACGUAACUAUGGAGGGCGGCCCUCCCGUUAACUCUUCGGAGAGGCAACAGGGCACUACUGAAGCUGAGGACAAUAAUACUGAUCAAGCAACUGUUGACUCGAAUUCGACGUUGCCGAUUUCCGAGCUUGUACCCCCACGAUCACAUGUGUAUUACUUUAUUCAGAGAUUUGACGCAGAAAAGCAAGAGUUAAACACCAUUGGAACAUUUUUUGCCACGAAGAGCGAAACCAUUAAAGAAUCUAUUCGCACAGCUCUUGGGUUUGAGAAGAAUAAGCAGUUUCUUUUGUGGCAUCGGGUUGAUGGAAUCUCCGUCGUUGCUAUUUCGUCGGUUGAGAUCUUUGAUGAUAUAGUUGGAUACACUGAUGGGGAGUGUUUUAUUGUGGGCGAUGUUAUCGGAAAAAAUGAACGUAUGAAACUUGCAGAAGCAGGAUUGUUCUCUUCCCCAGAUAGACUUGUCCGUUAUUUGUGGGCAGUGGGACGGAAACACCCCACCAAAUCUUUUACUGGGACAAAAACCACCGAAGCCACAUACAAUGGCGAUUACUACUCUGGCGAAUUCAAGAAUGGCUACUACCAUGGCAAAGGUACCCAUAUUUCGGAAAGCGGCGCCACGUAUACCGGCGAUUUCGUCUUGGGCGAACGACAAGGAACCGGUACCAUGGAAUACGCCACCGGUGACACAUACACCGGGGAUUGGGUCGAGGACCAACGCCAUGGCCAAGGAACUUUCGUCGAGCGCAAGACCGGCAACAAGUACGUUGGCGGGUACCGCAACGGCAAGCGCCAUGGCAAAGGUAUCAGCUAUUGGGAGGUCGCUGACGAAGAGAUGGACCUCUGCCAGAUCUGCUAUAGCGAGAAUCAAGACUCGCUGUUUUACAGCUGCGGACACGUGUGUGCCUGUUUGAGCUGCGCCAGACAGGUAGAUAUCUGUCCAAUGUGCCGGAAGAAAGUUCUUAAUGUGGUUAAGAUCUACAAGAGCUGAAAUUUAGACUAGAAUGUCUUCCCUUUUUUUGUUUCUAUUCCUUGAAAUUCUCUAGGAAUAUCUCCUCCCGCUCUCAUUUUUGGUGCGAGCCUUUUUUUUAUGAUUUAGAAACUAUUCUUGUCUUCAUAGACUCGUGAUUUCCCGCUGGCAUUGAACUAACUACCCCUCGUCCCUUACACUUUUUUUUUUCCUUUUGUUUUUGUCAGCUUCUAUGCUCCUGUCUUACAGCAACCUCAGUUUUCAUGACGAAAUGACACCAUUCUAU